AUGUACAUCAAAACCCUGAUAAUUCAGGGAUUCAAAUUAUAUCGCAACCAGACACAGAUAGAACCAUUUUUUCCAAGACACAACGUCGUGGUUGGUCGAAAUGGGUCGGGAAAGAGCAAUUUCUUCGCAGCCAUCCGAUUUGUGUUGUCCGAUGCCUACACAUCCAUGUCGCGUGAAGAUCGGCAGGCGCUCCUCCAUGAAGGUGUUAUGGUCGCUGCGACCCUUUCUGCUCUCGGUGAGCAGCACAAGUUGAUUGGUUUCACAAAUCUCAUUCUCGCUCCACAGUCGAAAUCGUCCGACAACUCCAACAACCGAUUUCCCACUGGACACGACGAGGUCAUUCUAUGA